UCUUGCUUAUUGAUGUGGUACAGUGACCAAGGACAGAAGCUUGGAAUUGUUCAGAUCUGGGAUCAGAACUGGGAAAUGCCAUAGUAGAUUCUUAGGAAAGUGACUUGAGCCUGUUUGGGUUUCAGUUUCCUCAUCUGAACAGUGGGGAUAGUACCUCCUUAUGGGCUUUGGUGAUGGGUAAACAAGAGAAUAAUCAUGGUACCAGUUGCAGGAAUAGUGCUCACUACCUGCCAGUUUUAUGUUGUCCCAUGCAUGAAAGCAGCCUCCAGUAGAUCAUUAAUACCGAAUAAAUGAAGUGUUCUGGCUGCCCCCAACGUCAGAAAAGAACUGAGAAGGAAAAGUUCUUCUCAGAAGCCCUGUCUAAGCCCCUGUGCUGGUGAGAAGUGUUGCCAGGGUGUGGUCUCUGAAGGUGGGUGGGGCCAGAAUGAACAAACUCCUCCAGGCUCUGGGCAAUACAAAAGUGAAGGUGAACUUGCCUUACACAGGCAGCAAGCCUUUCCUCGUCCCCUACAGGAUGGACCCAGCAGCUUAUGCUGAGCUAUUGAAAGAAUCUGGCAACCAGGUUCUUAAGAAUGGGAACUUCUCUUUGGCCAUCAGAAAGUACGAUGAAGCCAUCCAGAUUCUCCUGCAGUUAUACCAAUGGGGGGUCCCCCCGAGGGACUUGGCUGUGCUGCUGUGCAACAAGUCCAAUGCAUUUUACAGUCUUGGGAAAUGGAACGAGGCUUUUCUUGCUGCCAAGGAGUGUCUUCAGUGGGAUCCAACCUAUGUGAAGGGAUACUACCGAGCUGGUUAUUCCUUGCUGCGAUUGCUCCAGCCUUAUGAAGCAGCCCGCAUGUUUUUCGAGGGUCUGCGACUUCUGCAAAGUGGCCAAGAUCAAGCACAGAUUGCUGAUUUCCUUGUUGGUGUCUUCACCACCAUGAGCAGUGACUCCAUUGUUUUGCAGAGCUUUUUGCCCUGCUUUGAUCAUAUUUUCACUACUGGAUUUUCAACAGAAGUGUGGCAAUCUGUAAUAGAAAAGUUGGCAAAGAAAGGAUUAUGGCAUUCAUUUCUACUGUUGUCAGCAAAAAAAGACAGACUACCAGAAAAUAUUCAUGUCCCUGAGUUGUCACUGAAAAGUCUCUUUGAGAAAUAUGUCUUCAUUGGACUUUAUGAGAAAAUGGAACAGGUGCCCAAGUUAGUCCAGUGGCUCAUCUCCAUUGGUGCAAGUAUUGAGACGAUAGGACCAUAUCCUCUUCAUGCGCUCAUGCGACUCUGUAUCCAAGCAAGGGAAAACCAGCUUUUCAGGUGGUUAAUGGACCACAAGCCUGAGUGGAAAGGCCGCAUUAACCAGAAGGAUGAGGAUGGCUGCACUGUCCUGCACGUUGUCGCUGCCCACUCCCCAGGAUACCUCAUCAAGCGACAAACAGAGGAUGUGCAGAUGCUCCUGCGCUUUGGGGCAGACCCCACUCUGCUGGAUCGACAAUCUCGGUCUGCUGUCGAUGUCCUGAAGAGGAAUAAGAACUUCAAAGCCAUUGAGAAAAUCAACAGUCACUUGGAAAAGCUGGCUACAUGUUCUAAGGACCUAUCAGGACUCAGCAAUGGUGAUGGACCCACUAGUGACAGCGACAUUUUCCGGAAGACCUCUGAGCAACUGGUGCAGUACAUGAAUUCAGGAAACCGGUUAUUGCAUAAAAACUUUCUGAAGCAGGAAGUAGUUCAGAGGUUUUUGCGCCUCCUUUCUUCUUUGCAAGAAAUUCCUCCUGACCUGAUCUGUGACAUUAAUCGAGACUGCGCCAACACCUUCAUCAAGUUCUUACUGGAAAAACAAAAAUGGUCCGAAGUGCUUCUGCUGUUAACACGCAAAGUAAGUGGGGAGCCACCACCCGGAGAUUGCCUCAUCAAGGACUGCAACCUCUCAGACCUGGACAUCUGCACCAUCAUCCCCCACCUCAGUGCCUGGGACCAACGGAAGACACAGCUCCUGGGCCGCCUGAUAGACAGUGGAGCCUUGCCCGAUGGUCUGCAGCAGAGCCAGGAAAGGCCACUUCUCAUGUGCCUGAAACAUGAGGACUUUGAGUUGGCUUUUCUUCUCUUGACCAAGGGUGCAGACCCCCGCAGUAUUUCUCUCACUGAAGGGGAUACUCCUUUGCAUGCAGCACUCCACAUCUUUUUAGAUAUCAAUGCUGACAUUGGCUUUAACUUCCUCAGCCAUCUCUUGGAUUUAUUCUGGUCCAACCCCACUGAAUAUUACUACCUCAACCCUAACAUCCAGGACAGCAAUGGGAAUACCCUCAUGCACCUCCUCUUUCAGAAGGGCAUGCUGAAGCGCAUGAAGAAGCUGAUAGACCUAUUGGUGAAGUUUGACAUCAACUUCAACCUGAAGAACAAAGAAGGCAAAGACGUACGGCACCGGAUUAAGAAGAAUGAUGCUCUACUUUUGGCCUGGAACAAAGCUCUGACAGAGAACAGGCGGAGGAGCAGGCAAGACUCUGCUGCCCACCUGGGGAAGCUCUCAAGGUCUUCCACUGCUGGUCAUACAUCUCAGCUCAAGUCCCAGGGUUCCUUCAAGUCACUGCCAUGUGGCACCACUGCCAGAACCCCCUCUGAAGGAGCCACAGUUCCCGAUAGCUGGGAGACUCUCCCUGGUGCUCAGGUGACCAGGCAGGAGUCUGAAGCUAUCAGGCCACGCUCCCUGAGAGAUCGCCUUGUACAGGACAUUACAAUUUUGAUUCAGCAGGUUGAAUUGGAUACAGCUCUUCCAGAGGACUGUCCUCAGUGCCCUGAGCCUCUGGAGGUAGGAGGUGUCAUGGAAGUAAAGAAAGAUAAACUCCAGCGAACCCUGAGUGUGGGAAGCUCUGGCAGUAGUGGGAACAAUUCUGCUGUCCCUGAGGCAGGGGAAGGACACGCUCAGGCAGGUCCUGGGGCCUCACAGCUUGUUCCUGCUGGCAACAGAGGGAGGGAGGGCAGUGAUGAUCAGGACAAUUGGAGCAUGCAGGAAAUCGAAGCAUGCCUCCAGGAUUUUGAUAACAUGACCUGGGAGAUCGAGUGUACUUCAGAAAUGCUGAAGAAGCUGUCCAGUAAGGUUAUUACCAAGGUCAUAAAGAAGAAAAUUAUCCUUGCUAUUCAGCAGCUAGGGAAUGGUGAGUGGACCCAGGGCCUGCAGAAGCGCCUAAAGCACCUGAAAGGAAACAUCCGGCUCUUUGAAGCUAAGCUGGACAAAGGAGCUAGAAUGUUGUGGGAGCUCGCCAUCGACUUCUCCCCUCGAUGCAGUGAGAACCCAGAGAAAAUUAUCGCUACAGAAAGAAACACGUCCUCCAUGGAGAAAUCAGGGCGAGUCUACACGGAAAUCAUCCGGAUCUGGGACAUUGUCUUAGAUCACUGCAAACUGUCAGAUUCCAUUAUGGCCAUCUGCAGUGCCUACAACCGGGGAUUGUCCUGUGUCCUGCGUAAGAAGCUGAAGGGUAUCAACAAAGGCCUAGUUUCAGCUAACAUGAAAAUCCAAAAGCGAAUACCCCGCUGCUAUGUGGAGGACACAGAGGCAGAGAAGAGCAGGGAACAAGUGGAUCCGGAGUACUUUCCCCCGGCCAGUGCAGUGGAGACGGAGUAUAACAUCAUGAAGUUCCACAGCUUUAGCACCAACAUGGCCUUCAACAUCCUCAAUGACAUGACAGCAACAGUGGAGUACCCUUUCCGAGUGGGUGAGCUUGAGUAUGCUGUGAUUGACCUCAACCCAAGGCCACUGGAGCCCAUCAUCCUCAUUGGUCGGAGUGGCACUGGGAAGACAACCUGCUGCUUAUACAGGCUAUGGAAGAAGUUCCACGUUUACUGGGAGAAAGCUGAGCAGGCAGGAAGCCCGCUGCUGGCCAAACAGAUGUGGCCAAAGAGAAAGUUGGAAGCAGAACCCAGAAAAGAGGGUUCAGAUAGGGAGCAAAAAGAGGAAGAAGAGGAUGAGGAAGAGGAGGGUUCCUUUGAGGUGGAAACACUAGACAGUGUAGAGGAGGAGCAGGAGAGUGAAGCCUGUGCAGGGGGAGCUGGGGUAGAGGCAGUGGGGGAUGGCCAUGGGGUGGAAGGGUAUACAUCAGAGCAUCCCCACCAGCUGGAGCAUUUGCAUCAGAUCUUUGUGACCAAGAACCAUGUCCUGUGCCAGGAGGUACAAAGGAACUUUAUUGAGCUUUCCAAGUCUACCAAAGCCACCAGUCACUAUAAACCACUGGAACCCAAUGUUCACAAACUUCAGGACCUAAAAGAUGAGAACUUUCCUCUGUUUGUCACUUCCAAACAGUUGCUCCUCUUGCUUGAUGCUUCUUUGCCCAAACCAUUUUUUCUGAGAAAUGAAGAUGGAAGCUUGAAAAGAACCAUCAUAGGAUGGUCCACUCAGGAAGAGUUGACCAUCCCUAAUUGGCAAGAAGAUGAUGAGGAGGCUGAGGUGGAUGGGGACUAUAGCGAGGAGGAUAAAGCUGCAGAAAUGCGUACAGGUGACAGUGACCCCCGUGUAUAUGUGACGUUUGAGGUGUUCACCAAUGAGAUAUGGCCCAAAAUGACCAAAGGGAAAACCUCCUAUAACCCUGCACUGAUUUGGAAAGAAAUAAAGUCUUUUCUGAAGGGUUCUUUUGAAGCCCUCAGUUGUCCCUACGGGAGACUAACUGAAGAAGCAUAUAAGAAAUUAGGGAGAAAACGGUCCCCCAAUUUUAAGGAAGACCGGAGUGAGAUAUAUAGCCUCUUCUGUCUAUAUCAGCAGAUCAGGUCCCAGAAAGGUUAUUUUGAUGAGGAGGAUGUUCUGUACAACCUGUCCCGAAGGCUGUCGAAGCUCAGGGUACUCCCCUGGUCUAUCCAUGAGCUCUAUGGUGAUGAGAUUCAGGACUUCACCCAAGCUGAGCUGGCACUGCUGAUGAAAUGUAUCAAUGACCCCAAUGCCAUGUUCCUCACCGGAGACACAGCCCAGAGCAUCAUGAAGGGUGUGGCCUUCCGCUUCAGUGAUCUGCGCUCUCUGUUCCACUAUGCCAGCAGAAACACUGUGGAUAAGCAGUGUGCUGUCCGCAAGCCCAAGAAGAUCCACCACCUGUACCAGAAUUACAGGUCCCACUCUGGGAUCCUCAAUCUGGCAUCAGGAGUAGUGGAUUUACUUCAGUUCUACUUUCCAGAAUCUUUUGAUCGCCUUCCUAGAGAUUCUGGCCUCUUCGAUGGUCCCAAACCAACUGUUCUAGAGUCUUGUAGUGUAAGCGACUUGGCAAUUUUGCUAAGAGGGAACAAAAGGAAAACCCAACCCAUUGAAUUUGGUGCCCACCAGGUAAUUCUUGUUGCCAAUGAAAUGGCAAAGGAGAAAAUUCCGGAAGAGCUGGGGUUAGCACUUGUGCUAACAGUUUAUGAAGCAAAAGGCUUAGAAUUUGAUGAUGUUCUCCUUUACAACUUUUUCACUGAUUCUGAGGCCAACAUUCUUGCUACAAAAACACAUGUUCACAUAUUCCUAAAAGUCUCCAACUUUGAUUCAUGGAAACAGGCUUACAAGGAAUGGAAGAUCAUUUCCUCAUUUACACCUUCAUCAUCUGACUCCAGAGAGGAAAACUGGCCAUUGGUUGAGGUACCCCUGGAGAAACCAAGCUCUUCUCAGACUCGGCCCCUCAUGGUGAAUCCAGAAAUGUACAAGCUCCUUAAUGGUGAGCUUAAGCAGCUGUAUACGGCCAUCACACGGGCUCGGGUCAACCUCUGGAUCUUUGAUGAAAACCUGGAGAAACGGGCUCCUGCUUUCAAAUAUUUCAUUAGAAGAGAUUUUGUACAAGUUGUGAAGACAGAUGAAAAUAAAGACUUUGAUGAUAGCAUGUUCGUUAAGACCUCAACUCCCGAGGAGUGGAUUGCCCAAGGAGAGUAUUAUGCCAAGCACCAGUGCUGGAAGGUUGCAGCCAAGUGUUACCAAAAAGGAGGUGCUUUUGAGAAGGAGAAGUUGGCCCUGGCCCAUAACACUGCCCUGAAUAUGAAAUCCAAGAAAGUUAGCCCCAAGGAAAAGCAGUUGGAGUAUUUGGAACUGGCUAAGACCUAUUUGGAGUGCAAUGAACCAAAGCUGUCCCUUAAGUGCCUGAGUUAUGCCAAGGAGUUCCAGCUCUCUGCUCAGUUGUGUGAGAGGCUGGGAAAGAUAAGAGAUGCUGCUUAUUUCUAUAAGCGAAGUCAGUGCUACAAAGAUGCUUUCAGAUGCUUUGAGCAGAUUCAGGAGUUUGAUCUAGCACUCAAAAUGUACUGCCAAGAGGAGCUUUUUGAGGAAGCUGCUAUUGCAGUGGAAAAGUAUGAAGAAAUGCUAAAGACCAAGACCUUUCCUAUUUCCAAGCUCUCAUAUUCUGCCAGUCAAUUUUAUUUGGAAGCUGCAGCGAAGUACCUGAGUGCAAAUAAGACCAAGGAAAUGAUGGCUGUCCUCUCAAAGCUAGACAUAGAAGACCAGCUGGUAUUCCUUAAGUCUCGAAAACGCCUAGCAGAAGCUGCAGACCUGCUGAACAGGGAAGGUCGGAGAGAAGAGGCUGCACUGUUGAUGAAACAACAUGGCUGCCUCCUGGAGGCUGCCAGACUCACGGCUGACAAGGACUUCCAGGCCUCCUGUCUGCUGGGGGUUGCCCGCCUCAAUGUGGCCAGAGAUUCUGACAUAGAGCAUACCAAGGCCAUCCUAAGAGAAGCGCUUGAUCUCUGCUAUCAAACCAGCCAGUUGUCUGGCAUCGCAGAGGCCCAAUUUCUGCAGGGGGUAAUUCUGAGAGACUUCCAGAAGCUCAAAGAUGCCAUCCUCAAGUUUGACACGCUCAACCAUUCAGCUGGAGUGGUGGAAGCACUCUACGAAGCAGCCAGUCAGUGUGAGGCUGAGCCUGAGAAGGUUCUGGCCCUGGCUCCAGGGGGCUUGGAAGUUCUUCUCAACCUGGUCAGGGCCCUUAAGAGAGUAACUAACAAUGCUGAGAAGGAAAUGGUCAAAUCUUGCUUUGAAUUUUUUGGAAUUUCCCAGGUGGAUGCCAAGUAUUGCCAGAUAGCUCAGAAUGACCCUGGACCCAUAUUAAGAAUAAUUUUUGACCUGGAUUUGAACUUGAGAGAGAAGAAAACGAAAGAUCAUUUCUUAAUAAUGACUGACCAAGUGAAAUUAGCCCUCAACAAACACCUUUUGAGCAGGCUGUGUCAGAUCACACAGAGCCUGCUUGGGAAGACCUACCCAGGGAUCUGUGCGAGGUUUAUUGUAGGUUUAAAAUGUGAGGAUGAAAACUGUGAAGAUUUUCACAGGCCUUUGCGUCGUUGUGAGGCCAAGUGUUUGGUUCAGUCGAAAAUGCACCUGGUGGCAAUCAAUGGAUUGCUUUUAGAAGCCAAAAAAGUAUUUCCUAAAAUCUUAGCUGAAGAGCUUGAAGAAAUAGAUUAUAUUUUGUCUACAGAUACAUAUGGCCUUUGCAAAUCCUUUCUAAAUGUCCUCUUCCCUAGGCAUUUCCAUCAGAGAGUGCUGUCAGAAAACCCCAUGGCAUGCAAAGAAAUCCUCAAACCAAAUUACAAAUCAUUCCGAUCCUACAGGUUUGCCUUGAAAGAGUACAUCCACUCUCUAUUUCAAAAUGAAAGGGCACGCAGCCGUCGGGAGUCCACAGACCUGUGGCUGAGCGCCAUGCAGGCUUUCCUUCUCUCCUCCAGCUACCCAGAGGAGUUUGGAAAGCUGCUCCACCAGGAGGAGGACAACUACAACAGGGAACUGAAAGCUCUGGAGUCUGAGAAAGAAGAGAGGGGCAGGGGGAGAAGCAGCAGGAUGAAAGGAAUAGAAGGAAAAUUUGGCAUGCUGGUACCCAACAAGGAUGACGAAAGUGCAGAGAAGACCCAUCUUUGCUUCAUCCGGCUGCUGGAGAAUUGCAUCGACCAGUUAUAUGUGUACAGGAACCCAGAAGACUACAAGAGGCUCUUUUUCCGUUUCAUGAACGUCCUCAUCAAGAGGUGCAAAGAACCACUUAUCCCCAGCAUUGGAAACACAGUGGCCCUGUUGGAGUUCCAGUUCAUCCACUGUGGGGUGGUGCUGGCCCGCCUCUGGAAGAACGCCAUCCUGUGCCUCCCCAAGAGCUACAUUGCACUCCUGCACUACUGGGAGUUCCUUUUCAGCAAGAAGGACAAGGAGCUUGGGGACGUGUUCUCCAUCAUUCAGGAUUACAAACCGAAGGAUGUGACAAGAGCCAUUCAGGACUUCCGAUUUCACCUAUCCUACCUCGUCAAGGUGCUAUGUGGCUAUGAGAAUGCAAACUUCAAUGUCCUGCUUGAUGCCUUCAGUGAAAUAGACUAUGUGGUCUCAGGUGAGGCCGAGCGGACACUGGUGCUGUGCUUGGUGAUGCUCGUGAAUGCUGAGGAGGUUCUGCAGCCAUUCUGUAAGCCUCUUCUGUACCGCCACUUCCAGGAGAUUGAGACGAGGCUGCAGCUAAUGAGCAUGGACUGUCCAGAUCAGGUCCCUGAGAGGCUUCGGAAGGUGGUGAGGCGAGUGUUAAUGGCUGUCAAUGUGAAGUCUGUGGCCGAGGCACUCCAGGAUCUGCUCUUUGAGCGAGACGAAGAGUACCUGAUGGACUGUCACUGGCGGUGGGACAGUGUGCACACCAAAGGGUCUAUGGUUCGUGGCCUCUGUCAUGAGGAGGUCAAACUAAAUCGCUUACUCUGUGUGGGCCCAGUGGACUACUUUGCUGAACCCGAGUGUGAGUUUGGUCAGGAUGAGACAGAUGAGCUGGCACUGGAAGACCGAGACCACCUCCUGGCUGCCAUCCUUUCGCAGAAGCAGCGGAAGGCCUCCAUCCAGCGCAAGUUGAGAAGAGCGUGCCUGGUGGUAUCUGUCUGCAUCAGUUGGAGGAGACGAGUUCAGACUGAACGUGUCAGGGAGGAAGCUAGAGAGCCUGGGGUUGGGAACUUCAAAAGGGCUGAUGUAGACAGGACCCAGUGCGACCUGUGUGGGGUGAAGUUCACCCGGAGCCCUGAGAACUACUUCAGCUCCAGCAAAGCAUUUGAAGGAGCGGCUUCAGAGGCUGUGGUCCUUUCCAGGGCUGAGCUGGAAGGAAAAGAGUGUCGAGAGAGGACCAGCGAGUCUUAUGAGCAGCACAUCCGCCUAGAAGCCCACCAGAGGCAGCAGGUGGCUUACCAGAAAUACUCAGAAUUUUUCCAUGCGAAGGUAGACCCAGCCAUUGAUGAAGGCAAACUGGUAGUACAGGACAUCGAGCAGAGUGUGUGGAUCCGUAGUCACCUGGGCUCUAAAGAGCAUAGCCACAUGCUGCAGAGGAAGGUCCAGGAGCACAUCAAGAGGGUUUCAGAUUUGGUGGAGGACCUCUACAGGCGAAAGGCCUGGGCAGGAGCGGAGGAGGCAAUGACUCAUCUGGUCAAAAUUCUGGUCCUGUCAGUCAAGGAUGCACAGGAGUGGUUGACAAAAACAGAACUCCACUUAAGGGAUGAAGGUAUUGUUCAGGAAGAUGAUUAUGAAAAUGAAGUUGAAGACUUUGGUGAACUCCGUCCUAGAAGACGUUCGCGAAAAUGUGGAAAGCAGAGAAAAUACUAACAUCUAAACACAGCUGCUGCCUCCUAAACUUUCAGAACAUUCCAUCCUGUCUUAGAAUUCUGAAUGCUGGAGGGCAGAAGAGAAUAAGACUGUAAAUUAGCAUUAAAAAAAAUAGAGUAUGGGGGGUGUCUAACACCACCUUUGCUUGUUGUUAUUUCUCUUUCAGUGGUGGCUUAGGGUCUGAUUGCUCCCUCACCUGCAGGUACCUUGUAAGUGUUUUCCAAGUUAAGGUCUAACAGUAUUACUCCCGCUAGACAUGUUCAGGUUAGAGGAGUCCUGUUGAAGGGAACAUUGGGACUCCUUGCCCUAAAGCUCCCAGGCUCUCUGGUUCAAUCCCUUCAUGAUAAGAGUCAGUAGAAGGGGGUUAGUCAUUUAAGAUGGACACCCCUCAUCUCAGAGUUGCCACUGCUUGGGGCCAGGAAAUCCCUCUGUGGAUUCCCUCAUUUCCUGCCACACUGCUGCAGCAGUGAGUAGUAUAAAAGCUGUGUGUGCCCAGGGUCCAUGUGGGCCCUACUGCCAGCCACCCUGAGCCUAGGUCGCAUCCUCCUUAUCUCUGAGCCCACUUGUAGCGUAGUUCCUUCCGUUAUAUAAUGUUAGUCUUUUCUCUAUAUGGCAACUUUUCUGCCCUCCCUCCCUCCAUCUUUUGUGACCAUUCUCAGCUACCUGUGCAAGUCAUGAUUAGACUACCUCAGAAUGUAGUCAAGAACUCACCCAGCAUCCUUGGGACGCCCUUUCCCUCUAGGGGAAUGUUGCCUGGCGUUCCUGGCCUGCCUCUCCAAGGUGGUCCUAAUUCCACUUUGGCUAUGGUGCAGACAUUACAAAAAGUAUUUUGUAUGUAGCACUAGGUGUCCAGAUUUCUUGGUUUCUCCCUGGCAUGUUUGCCUCCCAAGCUUAGGUUGACAUAUUGAUAUGUUUCUACCCACUGAGCUCACGACUGUGGGAUAGUGACCUGUAGAACUACAGGUUAGAAACAAGUGGGCAUAGGAGGAAGCCAGCUCUACAGUGCCAAUUCUUCAAGAUUUGGCUGUGCAUCACUGCCAUGUGGCUGAGAGGCCCUGUAAGAGGAGCUUGCAUGUGGGCUGUUUGCAGGAGGCCAAUGUCCCCCUACGCCCACUGAGCCAGCACCAUCGAUCUGGUCCUUGGGAAGCCUUCAUGCCUCUCUGAUGGUUACUGCCCAUCCUUAGCCCACUCAUCCCAGCCUGGUAUGAAAGGUCAGGUUCAUGUUGGUCUUUGAUUGUUCUGUCCUCAUAGCCGAACCAACUUCCCCAUGUAGCUGCUGCUUUAGCUGCUCAAUGUUGUCCCUUCCUUGUCUUUCUAUGUCUUUUAAUGACUUGUUUCCUUGAAAUGUUUGUUUCUAAUUUUAUUAGGUUAUGUUUCUAAUUUUUAUUCCAGGUGUUUUUAUAAACUUUACUUGCCAGAAAAAGAAAAGGAAAGAAAUCAAAUAUUGCUGUAUUAUCACAUUUUUAUAAAGUUAAAUCAUUUCUCUUA